AUGUCCGGGGCGGCCGUCGAGGCGUUCCCGUGCGCGGACCUGGGGGCCUCCGCCUGGGCGUCCUUGCUACGGCUCGGGCCGAGCGCGUCGGUGGCGGCCAGCGCGUCCGUGGCGGCCGGCGCGUCGCUGCUUGUCCGAUCUGCCGCAUUGGAUACCUGGCGAACAACCACCGGUCACGAAAUCGUCCAGUCGUCCCUUCUUCAGCGAUUUGAGGUCAAGAAGCUUAUCAAGGAGAAAAAGAAUGAUGCUGGAAUUUUUGAAUAUAUCGAUAUAAAUAAAGAGCUUCAAGAGGGAAAGACGACAAGUCAUUUUGCUGCUAUGUUUUCGGGAUCAGGGAGGGCAUACUAUGUUGGAGGUCAGCGAAAUCUUGGCAACAAUUGCUUUCUUAAUGUCAUCCUCCAGGCACUUGCCAGCUGUGAUGGUUUUAUUUCCUUUCUAGAUAAUUUGCUUGCAACUGAUGGCUUGCUACCUGAAGAAAAGGCUGUAAGAAUACCUCUUCUUCUUGCUUUAAGUUCUCUCUUGGAAGACUUAAGCAUAGUUCGAGAUGAAAGGACUGUGUUGAAUCCACAUGGAGUAAUGCAUGCUUUGAGUUUGUAUGUUGGUCGCUUCAAUCUGACCAGACAGCAGGAUGCUUCAGAAGCUUUUCUCCAUCUUCUGAUCUCAUUGAGGGAUGAAUUUGCCCAUUGUUAUGUACCACAUAGGAGUUCUCUGGCAAACAUCACCCUUUCUGACUCCAAAGUAUACAAGCAAAGGGAAGGUAACCUGCCUGAAUGCAAGCGCUGGAAACAAAACCUAUUUGGCCCCUUUGAUGUGACAGUUGGCAUCAUAUUGUCUUGCAGAAACUGUUCUUCUGUGCUGUCAUUGGACUUCGAGAAUUUCCACUGCUUGCCUCUUUCGCCAGUCCUUAAUGCAAAUGGAGAUAUUACCAGUGGGUGUAGCUUGGUGGAUUGCCUAAAGUACUUCACUGUGGUGGAGCAUCUUGACAACUAUCGUUGUGACCGGUGUUGGCACAUCAUUGCUGCCAAAUAUCUUUCUCUUAGAUCAGAAGUUGAUGAGGUAAUUAUGUUCAACUUUGUAUUAAUUAUCACUGCACUGGAAAUUCUAUUGCGCCCUUUGCAAUGUUGAGUAUGACAGCUACAUUGAUAACUGUUACAAGAAAAGGUUAGCAAAGCUUCAAUCCUGUGUCGACUAUGGCACUUGCAGUUGCAGGGAUAUGUUCCCCCUGGAGUCACUGCCAUGUUCAUCAUCUUCACGAGCAACAAAGCAGCUGAUUAUCAGUCAGUGCCCGAAGGUAUCCAAAAUUUAAGUACUCGUUGAGACUCACAUCAACUGUCAUAAAAUUAAGUAACACCUCAGUUGUUUCUCAUCCAAAUACCAGUGGAGACAAUGAUGUGACUUCGGAUAACAAAUCUCAGC